AAUACAUUCAAUUAUCCAAUCUACCAGUCACUCAACCGGUUAAUCCGGUAUUAGACUGUGAAUUUAAUGCCGCAACAGCUGCACGCUGAAUAAAUGGCUCAAACGCACUUGAGCGACAAUGAAAGUGAACGCAAUCGGUUGCAUUGAUGUCUUGCACAAAAUGUAUUCAUUCAAGAUGUGCUGCUGCACAUGAAAUAUGGAAGAAAUGCAAACAGAAGCGGAAAUCUCGUGUGCAAAAUGCGUUCCAAGCAGCCGACUAGCCCGAGUAAAACUGUGUGGCGAAUCUGUUACUAGUGAUCUAGUCCAUUCCGACGAGCUUAGAGAAACUGUACUUGCCGUUAGUUCAAGCCCGAAACGAAAGUGAAAAAAAAAAACAAAUGCGGAAAGUGAUAUGAUAGCUUUAGCGGGCCAAAAUUGUCCGUAUGCUAAGUGCACCGAAUCGCAACAUGAGAUAUUUUAAUCACAUGAAAUUAUAAACGGUAACUAUGUUUUGUUGACUCGACCAACAUUCGACCACAAUGCGUUUUUUCUUCUUCUCUCUCUUUCUAUAUAAAUGUCCGUAUAAUGUUUCAAUAUAAAAUCUGUUUGUUCGCUGUCUAUCUCUGAGCCGAUUAAUUAACUUCGUGUAUUCAUAGUUCAUUCUUGAAACAAACAGGUAGUUUAGAGCCUCCACCAAUCUCGAUUUUUAUUUGAAACGCACAUUUUUAUUCAACCAGCAAACAUUGAAUUUGUUUUUGCACGCAUUGUCUUUUAUCACCUGUAAAUGGUUGGAUCAGCUUGGUUUAUGCUGACGGGUUGUAGUGAAACAGCCCCGAGAACAUAUAUUACAGUCUGCUUGUUGAGUUUUCGGUUUAGUUUGAAUUGGUUUUUGAAAAAUGCACAUGCGUCCGGCUCCAACAUUACACAAGUUUGUAAAGUAUUAAAAUAGAUAAGCAUUAGCUGCAUUGUCGAAUAAUAUCGCACGCAUAUCGUACGAAAAAAAAAGUACAAAGUGAAUUUGAAUUAAUUGAUUAAGUAAAAACUUUAAACUUUUCAUUGUGAUGCUAUAAAAUCAAAAACAAAAGCAAGGUCAACUAUCGUCAUUGUUUAAGCUAUAAAUCGGUAAUAAACAAACAUCGUUUCAUGAUACAAAGUGCUUCUCGUUUUUUUCUGUUUUUCAUGGUACAACCUGUGGACAUUGAUUGAAGAAAUUGUUUACGAUCAAUUAAAUUUUACCUCGUUGUUGCGUACAUUUGUUUUUUGCUUUGCAACGGCCAGUGUAUUCAAGUGUAAAUAUGUAUAUUGAUGUUCUAAAAAACACUUGAUAGUGCAUUAUUAUAAUAACUAAAUUCCACACAGGUGUGUGUGUGUGUUUGCCGGUGUGUUGAUUCAACCUUGGACGAGAUUCCAUAACCGUAGUUUAGUUUCGUUAAAAUCUACACUGAUAUUAGAUAAGAAAAAAAAUGCAAUUAAAGAAAAGACAGCUUUUUGUUAUUGCGUUGAGCGCAUUAUGUUUGAUUUGCAAUGCGGUUUCACCGUUCAAAAAUCGUGGCAAUGGAAUUAGCAGUGGUGUUAUGAUGAAUACGGCAAAUCCACCGCCGAAUUCAUUUACACCGAUUUUAAGCAGCCAUGGUCAUGGUGGCAUUCGGCCACAAAAUUUCAUUUUCGGUGAUAAAUAUGGCGAAAAAUUCCAAACACAGUAUCAAACGCCAGUUCCGAGCUAUGCACCGCCGCAUAAUUUCCACAAUAAAUUUAGUCAUUUUGGGCCGCAGCAACAUCAAAAUCAUAAACCGCGCCAAUUUCGAAAUCCAUUUGAUGUCAUUUUUGAAUGGCGUCAACUAGACUUUGAAUAUCCAACAUUUUUGGAUCGUCAACGUGCGAUUUUGAAUGGUGAUUUUAUUCCCAUAAACAAUGUACCGCUUGGUGUGGAUCGAUGGCGUAAUCGAUUGUUUGUAACGAUGCCUCGUUGGAAAAAUGGUAUUCCAGCUUCGUUGGCUUCGUUGUUGUUGCCUGCUUUGGAUCGAUCGCCACCGAUGCGACCAUAUCCCAGCUGGGAAUGGCAUGCAAAUCCAGAAGCAAUCCAGCCGGAUUGUACGAGACUGAUGUCGGUUUAUCGUAUCUGGGUCGAUGAAUGCGAUCGUUUGUGGGUACUCGAUUCAGGCAUCGUUAAUGCAACAAUCCAAAUCAAUCCAGUUUGUCCACCGAAAAUUCUCGUUUUCGAUUUGCGCACCGACCAACCGAUUUUCUCAUACGAAUUCCCACCAGAUCAAGUGAAGGAGGAUUCAUUGAAUUCAAAUUUAGUCGUUGAUGUUCGCAAUGGUCGUUGUAACGAUGCAUAUGCAUACAUCACUGAUGUGUGGCGCUUUGGAAUCACCGUAUUUAGCUUGGCAAAGGGAAGAAGCUGGAGAACACAACAUCAUUUCUUCUAUCCCAAUCCAGAAGCAUGCGAUUAUACGCUGAAUGGCCUGAAUUUCCAAUGGACGGACGGUGUGUUUGGAAUGAGCUUAUCUCCGGUCAACGAUCCACCCGAUCGUCUACUCUUCUUCCAUCCUAUGUCCAGUUUUUCGGAAUUCAUCGUGAGCACAAGUGUGCUACGCAAUGAAUCAGCUUGGACCUUAAAUUCUGGUGGACAGGCUAGUUCAUUUAUACAAAUUGGGACUCGAGGCAAUCGUGGACAAUCAUCAACAUCGGCCAUCGACCGAAAUAACGUGCAAUUCUAUACGCUUGUACAGCAGAACGCCGUCGGCUGUUGGAAUACCGAUCAGCCGUAUUUUCCGAAUUCCAUCGAUAUCAUUGCACAAGACAAUACCACGCUUGUUUUUCCAAACGAUCUGAAAGUGGACCAAGAACUUGAUCAGGGAGUGUGGGUUUUGAGCAAUCGAUUGCCGGUAUAUUUGUAUUCACAGCUCGACUUCACUGACAUCAAUUUUCGAAUUCAGCGAGCCAGUACACGCGAUGCAAUUCUUGGAUCUGCAUGCGAUCAAAACUCACUGAAGCAACCGUUGCAUACGCUAGCGACUCUUUGAAUCGGAGUUUUUCAUUAGAUUAAUUUUGAAAUGAUCUGUUCACUUUGCUUGCCGCAUAAAUAUUUCAAAUAUUUAUGAUUACUGUAUUCGAAAUACAAAUCAUUGAUAGAAAAAAAGCUUUCGAACCAAAUCAUUGAUGUUCAAUUAGAACAUCCAAAUCGAACAAGAUAUUUUGGCCAAAUAAAAAUGGGUUUCUGCGAAUAUUCUG